AUGGGACAAGACGAUGACACAAUUACUUGGGUGCGUUCACGAAACGAAGACUCCGACAAUGACAAUCUCAAAGCGCAAGACUCCUUGCAAGUGAUUGAAUCGCAUGUACUUCAAGAAAGGAAGAUUGGCACAUUCGGAGCAAUCUCUCUAGUCGUUAAUAAGAUCGUUGGUGCUGGGAUAUUUUCAACUCCAGCAACCAUUUAUAAGCUCAGUGGAAGCGUUGGCAUGGCUUUAAUGCUCUGGGUUAUUGCAGGCAUGAUCUCUACAUGUGGUGCUCUGGUAAUGCUAGAGUUUGGAAGCGGCAUCCCACGUUCCGGGGGCAUCAAGGUCUACCUUGAACGAUCAUUUUCCCCAAAGCUUCUACAGACAUGCGUAUAUCUCUUUUAUUGUGUUUUCCUCCAGGUCUCUGCUAGUAACGCUAUUACGUCCUCCUCGUACCUUCUUCUUGCUGGAGGCGUUGAAUCAACUACGUGGAAACUCCGUGGUGUGGCCAUUGCAGCUGCUGCCUUUGCAGUGGGUCUUCAUGCUAUCGCUCCAAGAGUAGGAAGAGGAUUACAAGAUCUCCUCAGCGCGGUCAAGCUCUUCACCUUACUAUUCAUCGUGUGCACUGGGUUUGCUGCUCUUGCCGGUCAUCGCAGGGUGCCAGAUCCUCAUAAUUUCGAUAUCCACACAUCGUUCAAAGGAACGUCGAACAAUGGCUAUAACAUCGGCACUGCGCUUCUAGAUGCCAUCUUUUCAUUCCAGGGCUAUGAUAAUGUCAAUGCAGUCUUAUCGGAAGUGAAGAAUCCCCAGAAAACUCUUCGCGUUGCCCUUCCAUCGGCAAUGGGUAUAAUCACCGUUCUGUAUCUUCUAGCAAAUGUGGCCUACUUCGCUGCGGUACCGACAGAGGAAUUUACUAACUCCAAUAUCACAAUCGCGGCAUCGCUGUUUAGAAAUGUAUUUGGGAACUCGGCCGCAACAAAAGCUCUUCCUGCCCUUGUUGCUAUUUCGGCCGUGGGCCAUCUGCUCGGCAUCGCAUAUACAGUCCCUCGAGUCCUACAGGAGCUUGCCAAAGACGGGAUAACGCCCUUCCCUAAUAUCAUGAUGCAGAACCGCCCCUUCAAGACGCCCAUUGCUGCGUUGGCUGUCCAUCUAGGGGUCACAAUACUAUUCAUCUGUGCGCCUCCAGCAGGCGACGCCUUCAACUUCAUUGUCAGCUUGAGUUCAUAUCCAACGACCUUCCUCUUGACAGCCAUCACAGUGGGUUUAGUCAAGUUUCGACUCACCAAAGACGAGAGCUGGGCAUCGGCAUUUUCCGCUCCAUGGGCGGUGAUUGCAUUCUACCUUGCCGGUAACAUAUUCCUGCUCAUUAUGCCUUUCAUCCCACCACCGAAUGGAAAGGGAAGCACUAACCUUCCGUACUGGUUAAGCCCCGUAGUUGCUCUGGCUAUCUUAUCACUGGGCAUCAUAUAUUACCUCCUGCGGUUUAUUAUAGUCCCCUGGGUCUUCAGGUAUACAUUACAGCCAGUUGCAGUAGAUCUUAGUGAUGGAUCUCAAGUUACCAGAUAUAGGAUCCGGAAGUUUGGCGAAACGAGAUAG